AUGUCGGAUCGCUCCCCCGAAUUAUCCCAUUGGGAGGACAUUGGUGUCGACUCGGAUGAUGAACAGGUUUUCUACCUGGACGGAGAAUACAAGCCCGCAGAAGAUGCUACCAGUGACUCUUGGGCUAUAGUCAAGCCGAAACAAAUCACUCUACUCGACAUCAAUCGUACAGAGCGACAGAAUUGCAGCCACUUUGCCAGCAAAGGUUGCGCACUCGAGACGUCCGGCCAGUGUUGUGAGUGUUCCGACAAGAGACCCAUCAACACAUCUGGUCUAUAUUCCAUGUAUGUCGACGGUCAGGGUUGGGUCGAAAAUGCCACUCGAUGGGCUUAUUACUGUCCAGCCUGCCGGGAGCAUGAGCAGACAACCAUCCUCAACCAAAUGAUGGAGAAGCUGCUCAAAGUUGCCGCUCAAAAGGAGCUCGAGAGACGACAGCUGUCCAUGCAUCAAUGUGAGCACUGGCUCGAGCGUGGAUGCGUCAUUACCAGCACUGGCAAAUGCUGUGCUUGCUCAGACCUGCGCCCGGGUGACAGAUAUGAAGUAUACCGUUCCUAUGUGGACGGUUUGGGACUGACGGGUGAUAUUUCUAGAUGGGAGCACUAUUGUCCCGGAUGCAAAGAGUACGAAGAAAUCAGAGACCAUCCUGCGAACGCCGAUACCAACCUCACUACCCAAAAUCAAACCGUGUUAUUCAUGGAAACGAACCUCGACAACCAUUAUGAUGUAACAGCACUUCCCGCUUCUCCAAAAUGUUCCCAUUUUCUGCAGCGUGGCUGCCUGAUGUCUGUUACUGGCGGCAAAUGUUGUGCUUGUGCAGAUCGUCGUGUUCACACCGAGUCAGGUCUAUAUGCCAAGUACGUGGACGGCCAGGGUUGGGUGCAGAAUGCGAAACGAUGGGAAGGGUACUGCCCCAAUUGUCGACAGAUUUGCAGUCAGAUCUCCAUCUACACGCCACAAACAACUCAGGAGCCAAAGUACAAGAAGCGAAUGCAACAGCCCGAGUAUAAGGGGAGAUCUAAGAAGGCAAAACAGCAUCAUAAGAGGGACACGAAAGAGGGGUGUGAUCACUGGGCAUCGAAAAACUGUGCCUUGACAAGCACUCCGAAGCGCUGUUGUGCUUGUUCGGACAAGAGACCGGAAGCACCAUCUUAUCCAGUGUAUGUUGACGGUAUGGGCUGGAUUAUGGGUGCCAAGCGCUGGUCUCAAUAUUGCCCAGAUUGUCGAAAUCACGAUGAACUCGCUGAGCCAAAGUCUCGCCGACGAAGACAUCUACAAAUGCCCAAGGUGGUUGGGUUGCUGUGUUGA